AUGUUCGCAAGGACAGCUCUGCGGGCCGUCACCAAGCCUGCAGCAUUCACUUCCAUCCGUCAGGCAUCGGCGCUAGCGGGCAAUGUCGAAGCGAUGAACCCACGAGGCAUUGCGAUCAGCAGUGCGCAGCGCAUAGCACAGAAUGGCUUCAUCUCGGCAAUCGGCAACACCCCUCUCAUCCGCAUGAAGAAGCUCUCCGAAGAGACGGCCUGCGACAUUCUCGCCAAGGCAGAGUUCCAGAACCCAGGUGGAUCCGUCAAGGACCGAGCAGCACUCUACCUCGUCCAGGAUGCCGAGAAGAAGGGCUUGAUCAAGCCCGGCGGGACUGUGGUUGAAGGGACGGCGGGAAACACCGGCAUUGGUCUCGCACACGUCUGCAGAAGCAAGGGCUACAAGCUGGUCAUCUACAUGCCAGAUACGCAAUCGCAGGGCAAGAUUGAUCUGCUGAGACUGCUUGGCGCAGAGGUAUACCCCGUCCCAGCUGUGGCCUUCGAAAACCCAGACAACUACAACUGGCAAGCGAAGCGUCAUGCUGAGACUUUGCACAAUGCUGUGUGGACCAACCAAUUCGACAACACUGCCAACCGACAGGCACAUAUCGAGACUACAGGUCCUGAAAUCUGGGCGCAAACGCAAGGCAACGUCGACGCUUUUACUUGCGCUUCAGGUACGGCAGGAACGAUUGCAGGCUGCACAAGGUACCUCAAGGAAGUAUCAAAUGGAAAGGUGAAGUGCUACGUCGCUGAUCCUCCUGGCUCCGUCAUCUACACCUACCUCUCCUCCGGCGGCAAGAUGGUCGAGCGCAAAGGCUCGUCAAUCACAGAAGGCAUUGGUCAAGGUCGCAUCACGGACAACUUGAAGCCAGACAUCGACCUGCUUGACGGCGCACUGCACAUUGCGGAUGAGAAGAGCAUUGAAAUGGUCUACAGAUGCUUGGACGAGGAAGGUCUAUACCUUGGCGCAUCAUCAUGCCUGAAUGUUGCAGCUGCCAGGCAUCUUGCCGAGAAGCUUGGUCCAGGACAUACGAUUGUCACGAUCCUUUGCGAUGGCGCUUACAGAUAUGCUGAUGGGUUGUUCUCGAGGAAGUGGUUGGAGAGUAAGGGUUUGGUCAAUGCUGUGCCGGAGCAUUUGCACAAGUACAUUGUGCUCGAGUAG